UGGCGUCACUAGGCAGCGCCCGCUUGUGCAAAAGUCUUACUUAGUGAAGCAGCCUGGCGUGUUGUCCCCGCGGUUCCCCGCCGGUCGCUGUUUCCGAAACGCGCUGCAGGUGUCUAGGCGCCCGCUGACCUCGGCCCCCAGCUCGGUGAGCCCUAGCCCGACAGCUCAGGGAGCCCGGCAAGACCCGCCGCCGCGGCCAGGACCUAAUUUUUUCUUCACAGGUUCUGAUGCUGGUCUCUUGUAGAAGGUUGCUCACAGCUUUGCUGCAGGCUCAGAAGUGGCCCUUUCAGCCCUCCAGAAAUAUGAGACUGGUGCAGUUCCAGGCACCCCACCUGAUGGGGCCUCACCUGGGCCUGGAAUCAGGGAAUGGCGGGGGGGUCAUUAACCUCAACGCCUUUGACCCCACACUGCCCAAGACAAUGAUGGAGUUCCUGGAGCAGGGAGAGGCCACUCUCUCGGUGGCAAGAAGAGCUCUGGCUGCCCAGUUGCCAGUCCUACCACGGUCAGAGGUGACCUUUCUGGCCCCUGUCACACGGCCAGACAAGGUGGUGUGUGUGGGAAUGAAUUAUGUGGACCACUGCAAAGAGCAGAACGUUCCUGUGCCCAAGGAGCCCAUCAUCUUCAGCAAGUUUGCCAGUUCCAUCGUGGGGCCCUACGACGAGGUCAUCCUCCCACCCUUGAGCCAGGAGGUGGACUGGGAGGUGGAGCUGGCUGUGAUCAUUGGAAGGAAAGGCAAGCACAUCAAGGCCACAGAUGCCAUGGCUCACGUAGCCGGCUUCACUGUGGCUCAUGAUGUAAGUGCUCGUGACUGGCAAAUGAGACGCAAUGGAAAGCAGUGGCUGCUGGGAAAAACCUUUGACACCUUCUGCCCCCUGGGCCCUGCCUUGGUGACCAAGGACAGUAUAGCAGAUCCACACAACUUAAAGAUCUGCUGCCGAGUGAACGGGGAAGUGGUCCAGAGCAGCAACACCAACCAGAUGGUGUUUAAGACAGAAGAGCUGAUAGCCUGGGUCUCCCAGUUCGUGACUCUUUACCCAGGGGAUGUCAUCCUGACUGGGACGCCCCCAGGUGUUGGUGUAUUCAGGAAACCUCCAGUCUUUCUCAAGAAGGGUGAUGAAGUUCAGUGUGAAAUCGAAGAACUAGGCGUCAUCAUCAACAAGGUGGUGUGAUGGGUCUUACCACAAGCCCUGGACUUAAGAGGUGGGAGCAUCCACUGCCGUCCAUCACAGGGAGCAGCCCAGUGCCAGCUGUUUCAAGCUACCUCUUCUGGGUGGAGGGAGAGGGAUGGAGCCCUCCUCGUCAAUAAAAUUCUCAGCCCAAAGCAGCA